AGGUUUUCUAGCAGUAAAUCCUUUCAACUGGCGGCUGCAGUUUUGCAAGCGGUCAUAGUUGGUGGUGUUCUGAAUGGUUUGGAUCCUAUCCUGCUUACAGUGGCAGCACUCGCUGGAAUAGCUGAGGUGAUAGUAGAAAACAAGGAGGUGCAGAACCUGAUCGAGAAUUUGUCCACCAAAAACAGUCGUCAACGUUUCUCUGACAACAUUGAGCUCCAACGCGUUCUCAGGAAGCUUGAGAACAUGCUAGAUAAGGGCAAGCAGGACGGGAAGCUUGAUCUGUCAUUGCUGGAUGAGUCUGACCAGCAGCAACUCCGAUCGGUGCUGUUUCUUCUGAGAGAGGACGAAAGGGAUUUAGCUGAAGUCUCACCGACUGACUCUGUUUCCGCAGAAGAAUCCACAACUGCACUUCGCACAGACAAGUCUGGAAGAGGGAUGGACCUCUCUAGCCUUGUCCAGCAACUGGCGUCCAUGGCAGGCCUGAAAUCUUCAUGGCAAAAUGGGGACUCUACCUCAAGUCUGAGAGACAGCUCUUCCCCUUCAUUAUCACCGAAGUUCACAGCCGUCGAUACACAGAAGACAAGAGAGCCUCAGGGUCGAAGCUACGUAAUGCCAUAUGUUGUGAAUGCCUUGGAAGGUCUGAUCGAUCUACCUCCGAUCCAGAUGCCGCAACUUUUCGGAAAGACUGCAAUUGCGGGUGGCUUGAGAGCAAAAGAACUGUUGCGGGACCCCAUUGCGCAGUCGGAGAACGACUUGCAGGCCUUCAAUUUGGGAGUAGAUGCAGUGACGGAGUGGACCAACUAUGUGAAUGCAGUUCCCAGAGAGAAGAUAUACAUCCCUUUGACAAUCUCCAAUAACGUCACACUCCAAAAGCCCUUUCGGGUCGUUGUAUAUGGCCAGCCACUCGUUCUGUUCCGCCCUUCCCCAGGUGAGAUAGCGGCUUUACCCGAUGCGUGCCCCCAUCGUGGAGCAUCUCUUUCCAUGGGUGUCUUGGUGACGAACAACCAUUCCUCCUCCCGUUGCGUGAAAUGUCCCUACCACGGCUUGGAGUUCUCGUCAGAGGGGAAGUGCCAGAAGCCAAACAUUCACCUGAAUCCGGUGAAAGUAGUGGAAACAAAUGGGAUUGUCUGGAUUGAGGAGCAGCCUCUCACAGUAGAGGACGCAAUGGACUUGGGAGAGGAGUUGGCCCCAUUUUUGCAGACGGCAGAGCAAAUGGUUGGAAUGGGAGUCAAGGAAGACGCACUACAGAAGGAUGAUGUGGUGUCAUUUGCUGAAAAGCAGACUGAGAUAAAUGUUCAGGAUCGCUUUGCAGACGCGCCGUUUGCCGCACACUUCAGGAUGCCAGGAUACGCGAUCACCCAAGGCACUGUGGAGAUAAAGGCACCACCCAAGGCUGUCAUUGAUAAUACUUUCGACCUCCAUCACAUGCAUUAUGUCCAUGCAACAACUUUUGGCGGUGGAGAGUUGCUCGGGACCUCGCAGCCAAACCCUAACACCAUACUCUUUAAGUAUGGCAUGCGCAGUUCGAAUCCGAUGAGGCCAUUCUUUGGAAACGGUCAAGUGCAAGUGAAGAUGGAGCGCUUUCCGCCCUACUCCGCGCUGAUUACGGUCGGCGAUGCCCAAGGGAAGGUCCAAGUGAAGACCAUGUCACAUGUGGUCCCCACAUCAGCAACGACCUCAACACUCGUCUGGCAGCUGCUCCGCAAUUUCUGCACGCCGGCUCUGUUCGACCCGAUUUUUGAGAUUGCUGUUAAGCGGAUAUUGUCUGAAGACAAAGUUGUGCUCGAAGGCGUGAAUUUACAAGGCAUCCGCAAGGGAAUGGACCUUGGGAGUUAACAAAAAAAACUUGGGAGACAGUCACUGUGGAGGGAGGAUCGCACAUUGUCAAGCCGAAAGAGGAGGAAGAAAAUAGAUAUACUAUGAAGUGAAACUUCUGCAGAAGUUGGCAUCGGUAAUUGGUGGCAGUGAAAGAUGAACUGUGAGUUCUGCAAGAGAAGUGCUCGGAAAUGAUUGUUCUUGCGCCAUGAGCUGCCUUCUUCAGCAGAAUACAAUGCCCAGUCAUUAUCGCUGUAUCUAGACUCAACUUUGCGCCAAAUGCAGCUAUGUAUGAUCUAGACUCAAACUUGUGCCAAAUGCACAGCUAUGAUGACCGGGUGUUGUGUUCGGGCGAAGGCUGUGGUUGCGUGAGCUCCGUAGUCCAUCGAGUUCGCCUACGCUUACCGUCUUCACCCGAACAGAACGCCUGGUCGUUAUAACUGUGUUCGGAGUGCAACUUUCCGGCCAGAUACAGACUCUGAGAUAAUGACCGACUGUUCUAUUGGGGUGAGGUCGUCGGUACGACAGUCUAGGCAAACUUUCCAUUUCAGGCUGGGCUGGGGUGUCCCGACUACCCACGUUCGUCCCCGUGCAGUGCACUUGAAUCGCACCGGUACCUGGGAGGGUCUUCUUUCUCCGAGAAAAGGUCGACAUAGACUCGGAUUUCCCCCUCGGAGUCGUCGAUCAUUGUCUGUUACAGGGCCUUGUUGCCUGGCUGGGCAGGUCAGGUCAGGUCUGCAGCUACCAGUAGUGGUGAUUUAAGCCAUUAGUACCUCCACGUUCUUAGGCCGUUAAUGCGGUGGCCGAAUCUGCCUGCCCGGGGGGGCUACAUUCAUUCGAGUCAGAGAGGGCCUAAGAAAUUCAAUCCGUUAGGAACUGGUGAUUUAAGCCACCAGACCACAAUUUCCGAAGCUGUUUUGCGCAGCAACCUCUUCCCAGCCCCUCAGCCUAAGGGCGUCGCCAUACGGUAAACGAAACGAAAAACGAAACAAAAAACGAAACGAGUGCAUCCUCCCACAGAAAAGGAACAGGUUCACCCGUUUGCUAUACAUACUAAAUAGCAAGGAAUGUAUUUUGUUUGUCGCCUCUUGUGGGCAGCAGAUGCACUCGUUUCGUUUUCGUUUUCGUUUUCGUUUCCGUUUUGUGCGUUGCGUCGCGUGGCGAGGCCCUGACUUGCUGAACCGGGACCGGGACGAGGUCAACUGCCUGUCUGAAAUAUCUUCACUACUGGACAGAUGGGAGUUACUUCAUAGUACACGUGUUAUGUGGGUAGUAGGUUGAGUCUGUCUGCAGCCCCCUUAUAGCGCCCCCCCCCUCCCUCCUUGCAUACGGACGGAAGAUUACGAAAGACGCUUUUCCACGGCGAAGAUAGGGGGUUGAAGUCCCGGAGAGUGCACUGUAAUCUAUUUUUUAGGUGAUCUGCCUUUGCUAGCGAAAGGUUAAGGUCAUGGGUUCAAUUCCCGCUGGCUGAGUUGCAAGAAGAAGAAGCACUUCGAACCAGGCGAUCGCCCUUGCAAUAACGCUUCGGGACAAAUUGUCCCAUGCCUUGAGUUGAAGUCCCAUAAGCGCUAUGGUUAUUCAUUGGAUUUUUUAGGGUGGCUAGUACACCACCGCAUUUUUUUCUAGUGUAAUUACUAGAAUUGUAUUAGCAGGUUCCUUGCCGCUACCGGCAGUGAUAGAAAUUUUAAUAAUAGCUCAGAGUCUCUGGUUGAGAGCUUGAGACUCGGCGGAAGAGGCUUAUAUUACAUCCAUUAACAAGCUUUCAAUAUGUCCAAGUAGAUUUGAAUCAUUCGACCUCCCGACCGCCUGCUGAUCGACAGUUAUAUGCACCAUUGAAACACAAUGUCAUUCAUUUUGUCAAACUAGAUCUCCCGACCAGCUGAUCAACAGAGUCGUAUGCAUGAACCCACUCAUUCACCCACCAGCGGGGUAGCAACGAGUGAAAUCACGUCAUGGGAGAUGAUUGGCCAGCACCACCAUGAGCUAGUAGGGCCACGCCGCCCGGGACACGAAACGAAAAACGAAACGAGUGCAUCUUCCUGCAGAAAAUGGCCAGGUUCGUCGGUUUACUAUAAAUAGUAACGAGCGUAUUUUGCCUCCUUUCGUGGGCAGAUGCACUCGUUUCGUUUUCCUUUCGUGUGCCGGUGCUUCUCACUGUACAUAAUUUGGUAAACCAAGUCGAUCUCCACCAUCUCCUCCUUCAACCUCUGACGAGUCGAUCUCCACCAUCUCCUCCUUCAACCUCUGACGCCACCACGGCUGUGGUAGUGCAUGCACUGUGAUGGACAUUCACCCACCAGGCAGGGAGCCUGAGGGAGGUGGUGGCAUAAUGAUCACCUCACCGUUGACCAUUGGUUUGAACCAACUUUUGAGCUAUAUACAAUGUAUACAUCAUGGAAAAUAUAUUUAAAAUUUAUUUUAUCUCUAUGAUCCUUGUAGCAUUGGGAAAGACUGUUCUGCAAUGAGCACGGCUUUCGUAUUCUUCAUGUAGCUUUUUUUUUUUUUUUUUUUUUUUUUUUUUUUUUUUUUUUUUGGUUUCUUUCUUAUACAAAGGGAGAUGGCCUUGAAGUUGUCCUCGGCGCUGGGAAUGUCCAGAUGUCCUCGGCGACACUGGGAAGUCCCGAAUUCCGUUGAUCGCAUUCCAUCUGGAUUCGAACUGAAGUCUGGAUUUCAACAGUUCGCAGGCGUACUAACUGAGCUAGGCCGGUUGGUACUUCGCUUUCAUCAUCUCAACGCACUCCAAAUCCAAAUCCUCUAGUCGUGUCCCGUGCGGAGAGGAGGUUCUUGACGUCACAGAUUUAGUUCACAGGCUCAAUUCCCAGCGCAUCGAGCACUUACCGUACAAGUGGCAGGAUUUCAUUUGCAAGUGCACAUGCGCAUGCGCAUGAGAGAACCUCGCUAUCCUACACCUGUUACACUUCUUCUUCUUAUUCUUCUUCUUUUUCUUCGUCGUCGUCGUCGUCGUCGUCAUCUUUGAACGACAGAAGAGUCUUGAAAAACAUGUACAUGUGCUCAUAUAAAUAUUGUAAAUAAAUAGAUCUGAAACAAGCAUUAGAUUAGUCUGAUUAGACACUUAAGAUUUGAAGGGCACAGAGCACUUCUCCUCCGGACAUCAUGGGAUGCGUGACACUGUUUAGCUUUCGGAGGUUGCGUAACCACUCGACCUCGGGCGUGAGGUAACAAACUUGAUACACCAUCAUCGGCCUGCUUCCAGUGGAGUUCGGACUCGGGUCUGUAUUUCAAGUCUCAACACUUCAGGGGUGUUUGUACCGACCGAGCUAGGCCAGUCGGUGGUGGGAGACUGGAAGUUGAUGCUUAUCUUUGCACAGCAGGAGGACAUGCCUUUUUCUUUUUCUUUUUUUCCCUUUUUUUUUUUUUUCUUUUUUUCAGGGGGCAGGUACUACUUCAGACAACGUGUUCUUGCCAGGUGGUGUGUAGGGAGCGGCGAUCUGUGCAGCACCUACCACCCGAAUAAUUUUUUCUUUGUUUAAUAUGUGAACUACUGCAUCUGAUUCAGCUUUACGCAGAGAAAGAGAGAGUACACCACUUUGGUAAUGGUCGCAUCUGGGUACCAAGGAAUUCUUUUGGUUAUGAAGUUGAUUUCCCUGCCCUCACCGUGUUGAAGUUCCGUUAUAACUGCAUCAAGGUUACUGGUGUGGUGCUGCUGCCACCAUUUGUCUCCUUAAUUAUUUGAUACUAAUUAUUAUUCGUAUUAAUAAUUUAAUACCUGAUUCCAGAAUAAAGGAAAGGAAUGAGA